CAUAUCAAUUUUCAACUUCAUCAAUGACCCCAAGCGUCUCACUUCCCUAUCUCUUCUCCAAAUUAUAUCAGAUGGAGAAUCUAUUCCUUUCCAUCAUAGUACUUUUCUUUCCUUCUCUCCUCUUCGUGAUAAUGAUACCGAAAUUAGCAGCUUGGAAGAAAUCCAGGACAGCUAAUUCAACUCUAAAGAUACCCCCAGGGCCAAUGAAACUUCCUCUCAUAGGAAAUCUCCACCUUCUUGUUGGGUCUCUACCACAUCAUCGCCUAAGAGACUUGGCCAAAACAUAUGGAUCCCUUAUGCAUCUACAGCUGGGAGAAAUUUCUAAUAUCGUUGUUUCCUCGGCUGAGAUCGCGCACGAGAUGCUAAAAACUCAGGAUGUUAACUUCUCGGAGAGGCCAUUUCUCCUCGCUGCAAGCGUCUAUGGUUCCAUAAGCAUCACCAUGGUGCCGUACGGAGAAUUUUGGAGACAGCUUAGGAGAAUUUGCACACAAGAACUGCUGAGUCCUGGGCGCGUUCAAUCCUUCAGAUCAAUCAGGGAAGAAGAGGUGUCCAAUCUACUCAGAUAUUUGCAUACAAGCGUAGACACGCCAAUCAAUCUUACGGAGCAAAUAUUUGCGAUGACGUAUGGCAUCACAGCGAAGGCGGCCUUCGGUAGGAAAUGUAAAGAUCAAGAGGCUUUUUCAUCAGUUGUCAGGGAAAUUUUGAAGAUUGCUGGAGGUUUUAGUCUUUCUGAGGUGUUCCCUUCCAAAAAAUUUCUUCGUAGGAUCAGUGGCCUGGGGCCUAAAAUAGAGAAAAAUUUCAAGAAGACCGACCAAAUACUAGAAAGAAUUCUCAGAGAUUGGCGAGAAGAGAGGGAAGCGAAGACCGGCGAGGGCAAAGGAAAUAGUUUAUUGGAUGUCCUUUUGAAUCUUCAAGAAAAUGGUGAUCUUGCAGUUCCAUUGGAAGACCCAAACAUCAAAGCUAUUCUCCUGGACAUAUUCGUCGCGGGGAGUGACACGUCGUCUACAGUCCUGGAGUGGGCAAUGUUGGAGAUGUUGAGAGAUCCAAGAGUGAUGGAGAAAGCACAAGCCGAGGUGAGACAAGUGUUUGGAGGCAAAGGGAAAGUUGAUGAAACAUGUCUCCACGAACUGAAGUACUUAAAGCUAAUUAUCAAAGAGACCAUGAGAUUGCACCCUCCUGGUCCCCUUCUUCUUCCAAGAGAAUCGAAAGAAGAUUGUGUGAUAAAUGGAUACUACAUUCCUGCCAAAACUAAAGUCAUAAUCAAUGCAUGGGCAAUAGGAAGAGAUCCCAAUCAUUGGACUGAUCCCGAGCAAUUUUACCCGGAGAGGUUUGUCGAUAGUUCGGUUGACUUCAAGGGGACUAAUUUCGAGUUCAUCCCAUUUGGUGCUGGUAGGAGGAUGUGUCCUGGCAUAACAUUUGCUAUGGCUGAUAUUGAGCAUCCUCUUGCCGCGUUACUGUUCCAUUUCGAUUGGAGACUUCCCGGUGGGACCGCCCAUGAAAAUCUAGACAUGACCGAGCAUUUUGGCGUAACGGUUGGAAGAAAAGGCGGUCUCUACUUAAUCCCAGUUAAUCCUUAUAGUUCUUCUUCUAUUUAGUUUUAGCUAUUCAUUAUAAUCCCAGUUGAAGAGUACUAUUAUCAUCUAUUGAGAAUAAGGAAGCUAAGCUUUAUGGAAUAUUUUCUAUAUCAAGUUUUAUCUGUAAGCACAAUAAAGUGGAUUAGUUUGUAUUCACCUUGUAUGUACCUGUAUUUCCAGCUAAGCUUCUUGGGAUAUUUUAUCUCUUUAAAGUACUACCUUUUAGUAGUACAUAUGCUGAAAGUCUUUAUAUUAGUUUCCAACAAUGACAAAAAAUUAUG